CUGUUGGCUGCUAAAUCUUUUAGCAUGUAAGAGAAGUAUUUUGGCAGAGGCAAAAUUAUAGAAAGUUGACGAAAGGGAGAGUGGAACAAACGCACAGCAAGGAGAGAAUGAGGAAAUGAUGCAGGAAAACGGUGGGGUUUUAUUGGGAAGCUAAAAUCCCAACUCUGAAACACUAUAUUAAAAAAAAAAAGACCCUGAUGUGUUUCUUAAAACUCAUAUCAACCAAAAUUUAAAAAAGGAAAACCCGUACUGAUACGAUAUCCCCUUCCUCCAUUAAAGAUCCUUCUCACGAAGAUUUUCUCCCACUUCAUUCAUUGUCUUUUUUGCUCUCUCUCUCUCUCUACCUUCCUUUCAUAGGAACGCAACAGAGUCGCACUUUAUAGAAAAAGAGGGAAGGAAAAAUGCAGAGCUUCAAAGCUGCCGCAACUACUAACCCAGACAUGUUUUGCCACUCUUCUUUCUUUCUCAGAGGAGACGAUUGUAAUAGCCGUAACCAGACGCGUUUCCCGGAUCUUGGAGAGCUUGAUCAUCCCGCUGCUGCUUUUCAUCACGAUGAUGCUUUUGAUUUAAGCCCAAGCUCCAUUUUUAGUUUAAAAUCCAACAAUGUUGGUGUUGUUGCAAAUACCUUGCACUAUGGCGCCUUGAACACGAGCAUUGGUGCAACAGCGAUAGUUUCAAGUGGAACGGGGUGUUUGGAUACAGGGCAGUUCAUGUACCAGAAGGGCGCAACAUUUGGUGCCUCGUUGGGAAAUGGCCAUAUUGAGAACUGGGCUGACUCUGGCCUUGCCGAUAAUAGCCAACAGACUGACACUUCUACUGAUGUUGACACUGACCAUAAAAACCAGCUUCAUGGAGUUCAACUUGGAGCUGUAAUGGUGGAUUCGGUGGAUCAAUCCAAGUCAAAAAGUGGUGAUCAAAAGACACUUCGCAGGCUUGCUCAGAAUCGAGAAGCUGCAAGGAAGAGUAGAUUGAGGAAAAAAGCCUAUGUCCAGCAGCUUGAGAGUAGUCGACUCAGGCUUACAGAACUAGAGCAAGAGCUUCAAAGGGCACGGCAGCAGGGUAUUUUUAUCGCAUCUGGACUUUCUGGGGACCAUGGCCAUACAGUUGCGGGAAAUGCUGCUCUGGCAUUUGACAUGGAAUAUGGUCGCUGGCUUGAUGAACAUCAACGACUGAUAAAUGACUUAAGAUCAGCUGUAAAUUCUCAUAUGGGGGAUAAUGAAUUGUGCAUUCUUGUUGGGGGUGUCAUGGCACAUUAUGAUGAGGUUUUCAGGCUAAAAAGCAUUGGUGCCAAGGCAGAUGUAUUUCACAUGCUAUCUGGUAUGUGGAAAACACCUGCAGAGAGGUGCUUUAUGUGGUUGGGAGGAUUUCGUUCAUCCGAACUUUUGAAGAUCCUUGGAAACCACCUAGAGCCUUUGACAGACCAACAAUUAAUGGGCAUAUGUAAUCUGCAGCAGUCGUCUCAACAGGCUGAAGAUGCCUUAUCACAAGGAAUGGAAGCUUUGCAACAAUCUUUAGUAGACACACUUUCAUCUGCAUCUCUGGGUCCUUCUGCCUCUGGAAAUGUUGCAGACUACAUGGGCCAAAUGGCAAUUGCAAUGGGCAAACUUGCCACAUUGGAGAACUUCCUUCACCAGGCUGACCUUUUGAGGCAGCAAACUCUGCAACAAAUGCAUCGGAUUUUGACCACACGCCAAGCAGCCCGAGCCCUUCUAGUUUUUAGUGAUUACACUUCUCGGCUCCGGGCACUUAGCUCCUUAUGGUUAGCCCGACCUAGAAACUGAUAUUAUUUUAUUUCAUGAAAGCUCAACUUGACUGCAUUAAUGCUUUGCACAGAGUGUUCUCCCUAUUUCACCUUUUGGUACCCAUUGACGAUUCUUGGAUGGUGAAGCAUAAUGUGAAAUGUAAAUUUUGGUUGCUGUGGUUUACACUCACUGGCCUAUGGAAAUGGCAGUAAUUUAGACGAUUGCUGUAUAUUAAGUAGGAUCUGAGCAAAAUGUGUUUGUGAUUGUGUGUAGUAAUCUCACAUGUGAGGCAAAUCUUCCAAAACUUUGACCAUCUUGUAAUCACCUUAAGUGCAAUGCUAACUUAGAUAGUUCAGUGCUUCCAAGUA